AGAUGGGGUGGGGCGACCUAGGGGUGUACGGAGAACCUUCCAGAGAGACCCCGAACCUGGACCGCGUGGCCGCAGAAGGGAUGCUCUUCCCCAGCUUCUACUCUGCCAACCCCCUGUGUUCGCCAUCUAGGGCAGCCCUGCUCACAGGACGGCUGCCCAUCCGCAAUGGCUUCUAUACCACCAAUGCCCAUGCCAAGAAUGCGUACACACCGCAGGAGAUCGUGGGCGGCAUCCCCGACUCAGAGCACCUGCUGCCAGAGCUGCUGAGGGAGGCAGGCUACGCCAGCAAGAUCGUGGGCAAGUGGCAUCUGGGCCACCGGCCCCAGUUCCACCCCCUGAGGCAUGGGUUUGAUGAAUGGUUCGGAUCCCCUAACUGUCACUUUGGACCAUAUGACAACAAGGCGAGGCCCAAUAUCCCUGUGUACAGGGACUGGGAGAUGGUCGGCAGAUACUACGAGGAGUUUCCGAUUAAUCGAGAGACAGGGGAAGCCAACCUCACCCAGAUCUACUUGCAGGAAGCCCUGGACUUCAUCAAGAAGCAGCAGGCAAAGGCCCGCCCCUUCUUCCUCUACUGGGCCAUUGAUGCUACGCACGCACCUGUCUACGCCUCGAAGCCUUUCCUGGGGACCAGCCAGCGAGGGCAGUACGGGGAUGCCAUGCGGGAGAUCGAUGACAGUGUUGGGCGCCUGCUGGGGCUGCUGCGGGGCCUGGGCAUCGCCGAGCGCACGUUUGUCUUCUUCACCUCCGACAACGGUGCUGCACUUGUCUCUGCACCCCAGCACGCUGGCAGCAACGGCCCCUUUCUGUGCGGGAAGCAGACCACGUUUGAAGGUGGUGUGCGGGAGCCUGCACUGGCAUGGUGGCCCGGGCACAUCCCCGCAGGCCAGGUGAGCCACCAGCUGGGCAGCCUCAUGGAUCUGUUCACCACCAGCCUGGCACUCGCAGGCCUGAAGCCACCCAGCAACUGGACCAUCGACGGCCUGGACCUGCUCCCUGCCCUCCUGCAGGGAAAGCUGAUGGACAGGCCUGUGUUCUAUUACCGUGGUGACACACUGAUGGCCGUCACCCUGGGCCAGCAUAAGGCUCACUUCUGGACGUGGACCAACUCCUGGGAGGAGUUCAGGAAGGGCGUGGACUUCUGCCCCGGGCAGAAUGUUUCAGGGGUCACGACACACACCCUGGAGGAGCAUACGAAGCUGCCCCUGAUUUUCCACCUUGGCCGAGACCCAGGAGAGAGGUUCCCGCUCAACUUUGCCAGCACUGAAUACCAGGAAGCCCUCGGCAGGAUUGGUCCAGCCGUCCAGCAGCACCAGGAGACCCUGGUUCCCGGAGAGCCCCAGCUCAAUGUGUGCGACCCAGCUGUCAUGAACUGGGCGCCCCCUGGUUGUGAAAAGUUGGGGAAGUGUCUGAAGCCCGCGUUGUCUGCCCCGGAGAAGUGUUCCUGGCCUCACUAGCACCGGCUGGACCCAGGCCAGGCUUGGAAUGUGCUGCUGACCCUGCACGAGUUGGACAGAAGGAAGGCUCUGGUCUCAGCUUCCUGCCCACAUGGACCCCCGCCCUGCCUGCCCGAGCCCUGGCCCUGGGUCUCUUCUAGCCUUCCUGGGCCACCUGGCCUGCGGUCUUAGGACCGUCCUGUCUUCCCAGCUGGCACUGUGGCCUUCAGACUGGCCUUAUUUCCCGCGGCAUUGAAGGCCACGGGCCAGUUCUGUGCAGCCCCUCCCUAUCCUGUCUCCAUGCCUUCCUGGGUUCCUUCGGGCCAUCCUCUCUCCCCCUGCAGGGCAGGGCUGUGAGGAGGGGCUGGAGGUGGAACCGGGCAGAGGGCUCCUGACCUGGACCUGCAUAGUCCUGGGGGAUGGGCGCCUAUGGUUGCGUCAGGAAUGUGGGAAUGUCAGGCCUCCAGCUUUUCAGCCUCUGAUUGUGGUACGCUGGGCAGCCGCCACCCACCCGUGUGGCAGGGCACAGGUACGGGCCCCUGGCCCUGGAACAGGACCCUAGCAGCCACACAGGGCCUCGCCACCCGUCGAGUGUCCAUCUGUGCAAUGUCGUGCUAAAGCUGGGGUGCGAAGCUUGAGAAAUUAGGAAGAAAAUCUUGGAAUAAAGGAUCGCAAUCACUUUA